ACGUUCCAAGAACUGGUUGAUUACAAUUACGGCGAAGUCCAUCCGACCAUAAUCCGCCAAAGAAUUGUUCGUUUAUUAAAUACCGUCCUGUUUGGAGAAUAUCUAGUAGUAGACGAUCAAAUUCAGCUCAUUAAUUUCGCCUACGAAAGAUUCGUUGGAACCCACACCAACGAGCAGAACAAUUCCGACAACGAGGAUCCAGAAGAAAACGAUUCCAACGAGUAUUACUCCGAAACAAUCGACGCCAGAACGCAGACCGAAGGAAGUGACGAAGAAAGAAGAUCCAAAAGAUCAAUUGAAGACGGGAAUCUAAUCGAUUUCUUUAGUCCAGAAAACUCACACACCGACGACGAAGAAGAAAUAAUCUAUAUCGAGGAAACAAUUAUCAACGAAGAUAAUGAUACAAGCCAAAUCGACGAAGAACAAGACGACGAACCCGAGCAGAGAGAAAGCCCAUCUCACGAACAAGAAAAUAUGACCAACGUUAACGAUGUACGACCAAUAACCUGUUACAAUUGUGGGCAAGAAGGACACAUCAGUACUGGGUGUUCAAAAUCAAUUCCCACCAACAGUUACCAGCAAAAUCGAGGGAACGGUUGGCGAGAUCGCAAUAAUGUGAAUAAUGGGAAUCCAUAUCCACAAAACAACAUCAAACCAAAUGCAUCAAGUGGAUCAACGAACAAUGGACAAAUAAACAACAAUACUAAUACAGCAUUAUUGAUGCAAAUCCAACAGCUCACCGAUGCACUACAAAAUGGAACAGCCACAAACAAUUCUCUCUUGACCACUCACGAAUAUUUGACCGGUGAGAGAAAAACUAAAACCACUUCGCGAUAUGAUCCCCUUGGAAAAAGACCAACAACCCGAAGUCAAAUGAUCAAAGGUGAAGGAAAAAGCGAAGAUCUGGAAAAAGAAAAUCAUGAGAUGGAAAAAGACG